AACGCAACUUUAUAGCCACUACCCACAUGCGUAUCCGGUAGCCAUGUUACUUUAAAAAGUUAUCCUUUUCCGUUUUGUUGUCGAGAAAAUGACGGGCUUUAGUAAUAAGGCCAUAGUUAUCGAUGGCCGUGGCCAUCUGCUGGGCCGUUUGGCCGCAGUUAUUUCCAAGGUUCUUUUGGAAGGGAACAAAGUUAUUGUUGUGAGAUGUGAACAACUUAACAUCUCAGGAAAUUUCUUCAGGAACAAGCUGAAGUUCAUGUCAUUUUUGCGCAAACGCUGCAAUGUGAACCCAGCGCGUGGACCAUUUCAUUUCAGAGCUCCUUCAAAGAUUUUGUGGAAGACUGUCAGAGGCAUGAUCCCACACAAAACUGAGCGUGGAAAGGAUGCUCUUAGAAGGCUCCGUACUUAUGAUGGAUGCCCACCUCCAUAUGACAAUCGUCGCCGUGUGGUUGUACCAGCUGCCCUGCGAGUCUUCUGUUUGAAACCUGGCCGCAAAUACUGUCAUGUUGGCCGUCUAUCUCACGAAGUCGGAUGGAAAUACCGUGAUGUUGUCCGUAAACUGGAGGACAAGAGAAAGUUCAAGACCAUCCAUAAGGUUGCUUAUGAAAAGAAACUGAAGAAAAUCACCAAGGAAGCUGGAGAGAAGGUGGCAAAGGUUACAGCCCCCUUCAAUGCGGUCAUGCAAUCCUAUGGAUACAAUUAGGAUUUAGGAAGUUAUAUAAAAAAUAAACCUUUGGUUGCCCAAA